UAUUGAAAGGAUUCUCAUCGAUGCAAAAACUCAAUAUAGACCUCUUGAGCCAGGCCGCUCUGAUCAGGAACUUCUCAAAUCCUUCGGUCGACCGCGGAGAUUUCGAACGCGUGCCUUCCCCGGGAACAAGAGAAUCUCCUCAGAAUUUAGCGCUGACCUCAGCCGUCGGCUCUCGGGUCAAUGUGUACCCGUGCCCUGAGUGCUCGUACACUUCCAACAACCGAGCCAACGUGCAACGGCACGUGAACACGCGCCACCAAGUGCCCGAAAAGCAAUGGCCGUGCAGGUACUGCACCUACCGAACUCAUCGCAAAGAUCAUCUCAAGUCUCACGAGAAACGCCAUGAGAAGAACAUGGAUCUGAGCAGCGAUCCGUCCGUUCCACAAGUGAUCGAAUUCGACUAGUCCGUUCGUUGCGAAUAGAUCAUUACAGUAUUCAUUCCUCACUUCUGAGAAGAAAUUCCCGAAAAUCGGAUCGGUUUCCAUGUGAGGCACCGCAACGCCGCCGCCCGUCUCAAAGUGCAAUAGUGCCUUAGCACGCCUUGAAUUAAGCACGAUCGGAACACCCGAUUUUCUAAUAUGCUGCUUGGCGUGCACUGCAAAUACUCCGUGUGCAAGAAUCUCAGGAUCGUCUCGAGUCUCAUCGAGCGAAGGACAUCCUCAAUUGUCGAAGACCUCCUCUAGGAAGAACUCACUCAGGCUAAAAUACCUCCAACAAUUUAGGGUUUUGGAGUCGCCGACGGCAACG